CUUCGUAUCAAAUGUGGUCAACAACUGCCUAAAAUGGACUAAACACUUCUCGACGUUUCGACCUACAUGGGGCCUUCGUCAAGAGUGUAGAAAAUUAGGGAGAACACACGCGAAGUAUGUGGGCAAAACUCGUGGUAGAAAGUAAACAAGGAAAUGGAAAGUCAUAUCACUCCAGGCGUUGUGCCAUGAGAAGUAGACUUUCAUUUAUCAGUGCCAGAAGGAUGAAGAGUGCCAAGACUGUCGCUUUCGUGUCGUUCGCGGAUAUCGUUGGUACCAGAGAUGGACAGAAGGCUUUAAUUCUCAUGUAUCUUUGACGCGAGAUGAGAUUACCAGAGGUAAUCCUUACUAUAUCGUGUCAACAGCCAUCCGUCGAAAUGUUGGAAGAAAUUGUGUGCAUGAUUCUGUCAGUGUUUUCGCUUUUCCUGAACGAAACGCCGCGUUUGUCUCGGCGAGAACAACCCUAUGAAACGGACGAAUCAAGUGAACGACGACUGAUUGAUGAAGAUAAAUGGCUGCCAUAUAUCAACAAAGAAUACGAUGACUUUAAUAACGAGGACGAAUUGACUUCGCCAUUGCCCGAAUUAACCAGAGAAAGAUUGACAGACUAUCGCAGGUUAAUUAGUGACAUUUCACCUGAGAUUGUAAGUUACCGGGAGUCCAUUCGCAGAAGCUUUUGGACAAGUCUAAGUAUAACUAUCGCUGUUGUACCCCUGACUGCUUUUACGAUGGUAUUCCAAUAUCUCGAUUUAGAAACGACUGAUCUUUGCAUAGAAUGGCAAUAUCACAACCACAGUUUACCGUUGUCUGUAAAACGAAUUAAGCUGAUUGGCGUCACUGUGGAGGUAAUAAUAACUAACCUUUGGUUUCCCCUGACAACUGCGGUGCUGUUCAGCUGGAAAGUUUUAAAAAUGAAGUACUUUUCUACUUUUUAUGUUGGUGUUAUUUUUGGAUUAUUGAUAGUUAUCUAUGACUUAUUUUUACUUGUAUUUGGGGUCUACGGCACCCAGAGAUAUUACAUGUAUCCUGCAAAUAUACUUAAUGUUACCGCAAAGAUAAUUUGUGGUAUAGUGUUAAUGCGAAGUAUUCGAGCGCACGACCACGAACAGACAAUAUCUUAUUCAAAUUUACAUAUAAUUAUUUUGGUAUCAUUCGAGUUUGUCCUUGGUUCUCUCCUUGCAUACUUCUACAGAUACGCCAUGGUUCCUUUCUUCAAUAGUGUAAAAGAGGAACAAUAUAAGUUCCUGGUCGCUGCUAUGGCUCCUGUGAUAGCCAUUAUUCCUGUAGUAAUCCUGAAGCAUAUUGCGUCGAGGAAAAGUUCCGAGAUAAUACAUCCCGGUCGGAGUUUCAUCCUGGUGUACUGUAUCCGAGGUGGAGUGAUUUACCUAUACCGUACCAUGCAAGCGGACUUCACAGACAUUUGGCUGUUCGUUGGACUUUCAUUGUUUUCCGGUGUUUUAAACUUUUUGAAGAAAGCAACCUAUCGCGUAAGAAUGAGAUUGUGGAGUUACAUCAUCUCACGGUUGAAGCGAACUGUUUGCUGUCAAAGACUUCACGAAAUGCCUCGUGACACACCACACUACAGAAGGUUAAGAGCGGAUUUAGAAAUUCAAGACAUGCUUUUCGAGUAUAUUACACUCGUUGUAAGUCAAGGCACCUUGGUUUUGUACAUUGUAGAAAGUUUUAAACUUUCUGUUUCGUCCAUCGUUUAUGAGACUUCGAGGAACAUUGUCAUUGGCAUUGGAAUCGACUUCUUUUUCAAUGUUUUAUCCAAUUUUGUUCAAAUUCAUUACUACAACAUUCCAAUUAGUCGCGUGUGGUCAAAGUACUGGAAACGACAUAUUUUUGCUAACGUGCUCAUUCUCAUGGUGAUAGUGUCAUAUUUCAGCCCAGUCCUUCUCUCGGUGUUUCAAGCGCGCUUCAAUGGGACUGGCGCAAGGAACGAAAUAUUGACAGUCAAGAAUUGCUCGUUGUUCUAGUCGGACUAUAAUUAGGAUAUAUUAGUUUCCAGAACGUCAAUAUACUAAACAAUUUAUAUGCAUGCAAUAAGGAGUAUCUGUCCUCAUUUUAAAUUUAUUUUGAUAUUCAAAUGAAUCGACUUUAA